AUGGAUGAGAGAACGAAAAUAGUAGAUGUAUGGGCGAACAACUUAGAGGAGGAGUUUGAAAGAAUACGAGAUGUAGUUGAAAAUCAUCCUUAUGUUGCUAUUGAUACUGAAUUUCCAGGAAUUGUUGCUAGACCAACUGGAAAUGUGUUAGAUUAUAAUUAUCAAACAAUAAAAUGCAAUGUAGAUUUAUUAAAAGUUAUACAGUUAGGUGUUACUUUUUCUAAUGGUAAAGGAGAAUUACCAAAGGUAUCAACAUGGCAAUUUAAUUUUAAGUUUGAUCUUGAUAGUGAUAUGUAUGCUCAAAAUUCCAUUGAUUUUUUAAAAUUAAGUGGUAUAAAUUUUGAAAAGCAUCAAUCACUGGGAAUAGAGUUAUUGCAUUUUGGGGAAGUAAUUAUGUCAUCUGGUUUAGUUAUGAAUGAAGAUGUUAAAUGGAUAUCAUUUCAUGGUUGUUAUGACUUUGCGUAUUUAUUGAAAAUAUUGACAUGCUCUGCUUUACCUCAAAAUGAAAUUGCUUUUUUUGAAUUAUUGAAUGAUUUUUUUCCAUCUCUUUAUGAUAUAAAAUAUUUAUUAUUAAAUUUAAAUAUUAAACAAUUAAGCAGAACUUAUUCUUUGCAAAAAAUCAGUGAAAUUUUAAGUGUAAAAAGAAUAGGAAGACAACAUCAAGCAGGGUCGGAUUCCUUAGUUACAUGUAAAACUUUUUUUAAAUUGAUGGAAUUAUAUUUUGAUAAUAAAAUUGAUGAUAAAAAAUACUCGGGCAUUAUAUAUGGAUUAGGAUCAACUAUUAAGAACUAUAAUCCUAAGUUAGAAGAUAACUCAAAUAAAUUUCAUAACAGUAACAAUCAUAGUAGCAAUUAUUUAAAGAAUAAUAAUAAUAUUUAUAUAGGUGGUAAGAGCAACUUACUCAGCUCUCAAAAUAAUAAUGUGUUAACUAAUUUUGUAGAUAACAAAGAAUAUUCCUCAAAUUUUAAUAAGAAUAUAUCAAAAACAAAUAUUAAAAAUGAUAUGAUGCAUAAUGUUUAUGGAGAUAUGAAUCAAAAUAAUUACAACAGUUUGGCAAAUAUAAGUAAUAUAACCACACAUAAUUACAUUACAAACGAUGUAUAUAGUAAUAACAACAUAAGUAAUUUCAAUAUAAAUAAGUAUUCACCUCAUUUAAUUAAUUCUAUUAAUAAAAAUCUAAGGAUUCCUAUGAGCAAUUCCUUUUUAAAUAAUAAGAACAAUGAUAAUAAUAACAUGAAUUAUUCUACUAAUAUUAAUAAAAACAAUUUAGAUAAUUCUAAAUUAAUGAAUAAUAUUUUUAAUGAUAUUCCAAGAAAUAUAAGCAGUAAUUUAAAUAAUGACAUAAAUAAUUUAGCAAAUGAUAAUAUAACAAAUUUAAACAAUAUUAACAAUGCAAAUAUAACAAAUUUUAAUAAUGGUAUUAUCAACGCUAAUAUAACUAAUACAAGCAACAAUAUGACGAACUUAAAUAAUGCUAUGAUUUUAGGUAACAUAAAUAACUUGAGUAGUUUAAAUAAUAAUAUGAAUAUAAAUAAUUUAAAUAAUAAUAUUAGUUUAAAUAAUAGUAUAAAUAUAAAUAACAUAAAUAGUAAUGUAAGUUUAAACAGUAUGAAUGUUAAUAACUUAAAUAAUAAUAUUGGCAUUAAUGGAUUGAAUAAUAAUAUUAAUGCGAGUACUUUAAAUGCAGAUGUAAACAAUUUAAAUAAUUUAUCAAAUACCAACAUGAGUAAUUUAAAUUCUUUGCAGAGUAAUAAUAUAAAUGAAUUGAAUAAUUUACAAAAUAACAGUAUGCAUAAUUUAAAUAAUUCUGAAGAUAUAGUUAAUUUAAAUAAAAAUACAUAUCAAUCUAACAACAAUGCCUUAUCAGGAAAUGUAAUUGGCAAUAAUUUAUAUUCACCAAGCAUGAAUUUUAAUAAUUACAACAAUACCCAUUCAUUUUUAAAUAACAUGAAUUUCAAUUCAUAUAAUAUAGCGAAUAAUUCUAAUAAUCAAAUGAAUAAUAAUGUAACUAAUUAUGAUUAUUAUUCUUGUUCAACUAAAUAUAAUUCUUUUAACAAUUAUUCCAGUAAUUUAAAUUAUGUAAAUGUGUUAAAUAAUGUAAAUAAUAAAAAUAAUUUAGAUGAAAAUGAAAUUGAUAAAAAAUGUCUAGAUAAUGUAAAUAAUAAUAAUAAAAGUAAUGUGAAUAAAAAUAUAAUGAAUAAAAUUAAUACUGUGCACAUGGGUUAUAAAAAUAUUAUUUCAAAUAAUGCUAAUAUCAAUUUCAAAGGCAAUUUUAAAAAUGUACUAAGUAAUGAUUUACCAAAUAAUGUAAUACAAAGUAAUAAUUUUCUAAAUAAGAACGAUAUAAAUAAUAAUAAUUCUGAUAAUACAAACAUGAUUUCCCAAAAUAUUAAUAUUAUGAAAAGUAAUAAUUGCAAAGAUGAUAAAAAUAAUAGUUUAAGUAAAAAUGUAACUAAUAAUUUAAAUAUUAACCCUCACUGUAAUUUAGUUCAUAUGAGUAAUAAUAGUAAUGAUACAAUGAAAAACAACUCGUUUAUUAAGAAUAUGAAUUAUUCUACUACUAAUAUUAUUACUAAUGUUAAUCAUUCAAAUAUGAUAAAUAGCAACGAAACAAAAUUACCAAAUAUAAAUAAUAAUAAUAGUAAUUAUUCUAAUAACAAUAUUAUAAAAAAUAAUUUUAAUUCAAAUAAUAACCAUAAUAACAAUAUAAAUACAAACAACAAAUUAAAUUACGUAAAUGUGAAUAGCAUGACUUAUAUAAAUACUAGUAAUAAAAGCAAUACAAAUAAUUUAAAUAUUGUUAAUAAUUCAAUAAAUAAAAAUUCAAUGGAUAAUAAUGAACUUAAAAAUAGCACUAAUUCAAAUAGGUAUAAUACAAAUAAUUCAAAUAAAAAUAACAAAAGUUUAAAUACAAUGAAUAAUUAUAAUACCAAUGAAAAAAAUAAUAAUAAAGAUAAUAGCGGCAAUAAAAAUAUUAGUUGUAGUAGUAAUAAAAAUAAUUCUGAUAAUAUUAACGGUGUUUCUAAUGCUAUUACUACUACUACUACUAAUAAUAAUAAUAAUGAUAAUAAUAAUAAUAAUAAUAAUAAUAAUAAUAAUAAUAAUAAUAAUAAUAAUGAUAAAAAUAAUAGUAAGAAUAGGAAUAAUAAUAAUAAUAAGAAUAAUAAUAAUAGUAAUAAUAUUAACAAUAAUAUCAAUAGUAAUAAUACUAAUAGCAGUAAUAAUAAUCAUACUACUAUGAACAAAAAUAAUAUUAAUAACGAUAAAAAUAAAAAUAACAAUAGUAAUAAUAAUAAUAAUUACAUUAAAGAUAAUAAUAGUUGCAACACCAACAGUAAUAAUAUUAAAGAUAAUAAUAGCAGUAAUAAUAGCAAUAAAAAUAAUAAUACUAUUACUACUAAUAAUAAUAAAAAUAAAAACAAUAAUAAUAAUAAUAAGGAUAAUAAAGAUAAUAAUAAUAAGGAUAAUAAAGAUAAUAAUAAUAAAGAUAAUAAAGAUAAUAAUAAUAAUAAUAAUAAUAAUAAAGAUAAUAAUAAAGAUAAUAAUAAUAAUAAUAAAGAUAAUAAUAAAGAUAAUAAUAAUAAUAAUAAAGAUAAUAAUAAAGAUAAUAAUAAUAAUAAAGAUAAUAAUGAUAGCAAUAAUAGUAUCAAUAAUAAUGACACUACUAAUAAUAAUAAUAAUAGUAAAAACAACACAGUUAAUAUUGGUAAUAAAAAUUUAAAAAGUAUCAAUAAUUAUAAUUUAGUUAAUCAAAAAAAAAAUGGAAAUAUAGAAUUUGCUAAUUUUGCAAAUGAUACAGGAGAAAUUACGAAAGCUCUAAAUUUUAAUGAGCAUUUAAAUAGUGAAAUGAAAAAUGAAAAAACGUUUCUUAUUAGUAAUUCAAAUGAUAUUGCAGAUAAGAAUACUUAUAAUAAUUUUUUAAGCAAUAUGAAUUAUUUUAAAUCAGAUAAUAGUAAAUUAUGCAAAAAUUCUAGCAAAAGUAAUACUCAGCAUUUUUUAACAAAAAAUAAUUUAUCUAAUAAUAAUACAUGUGGUAAUGAAAAUAAUACAAAUAUUAAUGAUUUAAAUAAUGGUAGUAUUUUAAGUAAAAGUAUAAAUAAUAGUAUAAGUAAUGAAAAUAAUUAUAAUAUAAAUAAUAAUACCAACAAUAAUGACGGUAACUCAGAUAUUAAUAUUUUCAACAAUAUGAUUAAUAAAAACAUAAAUAAUUGCAAUGAUCUUAUUCAUAAUGAGAUGAACAAUUUUAAUAUAGUGAAUAAUUUAAAUAAAAUUAAAUUAUCGCACACUUUUAAGAACUCUCUGAAGAAUUAUAACAAUUUAAAUGAAAAUAUAAAUAUUGCAAAUAAUUAUGCGGACAAACAAGUAGAUAAUGAAAGUUUAAAUAAUUUUUAUAUUAAUAACGACAAUCCAAUGGAUAAUAUAAAUAUGAAUAAUAACAUUGUAAAUAAUUCAAAUUUUUACUUUAAUAAUAAUGAAAUUAAUACAGCUAAUCAGCAAUAUUAUAAUUCUCAUAUAGAAUUAUUUCCUGAUAAGAUGAAAAACAAAUUAUUUAAUGACAAAAAUAAUAAUAAAUCUAUAUACAACGAUAAAAAGGAUGAAUUAAAUAUAAAUGACAAUUAUAAUGAAAAUAGCUUUCCAGAUAAGAAAACUCAUACUGAGAACUAUGCAGUUUUUGAAUCAUCGGAUAAUAAUUUUAAUUAUUCAAAUUAUGAUUUUAAAAAUAAAGACCAAAAAAAUUUUUAUGAAACUUGA